CAACUAAAUCAUGGUAGCUUCCCUGAACUAUAACUGUUAUUUCAAGAGUAGCAAAUUGGAAGUGAGUUUUCGUUUACCGUGGCCCUAGGAGCCUUUCCUUGAAGCUUUUGAGCAAGGGGCCAAAUACCCAUUUUUCCUUUCACAAAGGGGUUGACGUCAGGCCUGGCAGUGAACUAUUGGUGAGAACUAAAUAGGGAAGUCACAUCAACGCAGUUCUCUGGACGAGAUAAAGGUAAGUAACUGCGGUUUAAGAUUUAUUUUAGACUCAGUCAUAAUCUGCCUUCACCGCUUCUUGGCAUCUCGUCCGUUGAUAGCUUAUCUUUGACUCUUUGACAUUCUGCGUGAUAUAGACCCCCAGGACAUGUUGACAUUUGUAACGAGCUAAUUCGUAAAUGACAUUGUAAGGGCCUAAAGGAGAGGCGGAUUCACUUAGGGAGACGGGGUUCAUCGGCAUCUCCCAUCACUCCUUUCCUUUUCCUCUCAAGGGACAAAGGAUAAGAAGAUAACGUAUCUCUCAACAGUCACCGAUUCAAAUCCUUCUCCUUUUCCUCCAUAAGCAAAAACGUACUAACGAGUCAGGAACCCACAAAAAUUUCCUCUUUUUCUUUUGCAAUUUCCAUGAUCCCUUUACUUUCCCUCCAGUCCCCUGCCUUUACCCCUACGCCUCUUUUCCUCUUCACCCAAUCCCCUCAUUUGUCCUCUAGCUUCUCCAAAUCCCCUCUCCGCCACUUUCUUCCUCCAACAAAAUCACCCCAUUCCAACAACCCUUUCAACUCGACAUCCCAACAACUUGGUCCCCAAGGCCCUCAAAACCAGCUGCCUCCCAGAACUCUAUUCCCUGGCGGCUACAAGCGCCCCGAGAUCAAGGUCCCAAAUCUUGUUCUCCAGUUGGACCCCGAGGAAGUAUUGGCUGACGACAAUGCGCUUGAUUUCAUUGACAAGGCCGUGUCCAAAUGGGUUGGUCUUGUAGUGCUCAAUGGCGGCGAAGGAAGCGGCGGUUGGGUUUACGAAGCUGCCCGUUCUUUAAAGGCGGUCGUUAAAGACCUCGCUUAUUUCUUGAUCGCAGAGCGCGUUGAUAUUGCCGCCGCUGUCGAUGCUAGUGGCGUGGUCCUCUCUGGUCAAGGCCUUCCUGCCAUCGUUGCAAGAAACACAAUGAUGGAUUCGAAAUCAGAUUCAGUCUUUCUCCCUUUGGUUGCUAGGACUGUGCAAACUGCAAACGCUGCUUUAAAUGCUUCGAGUUCUGAAGGUGUUGAUUUUCUUAUAUAUGAUCUGGGUGAAGAAGAGCAUAUCGAAAUGGCAUUGAAGUCUGUUUAUGAGAAUGUGAAGAUACCAGUCUUUAUUGUAAAUAAUAGUUCACUAGCAGUUACAUCUGAGGCAUCGAAAAUUCUCAAAUCAGGUGCUAGUGGUUUAGUUUUGUCAUUGGAAGAUUUGAAGUUGUUUACUGAUGAUGUUCUGAGCCAGUUGGUUAACAUUAUAUCUACAACAAAUAACAAACCUCAGGAUGAGAGCAUUGAUGAACUAAAUAUGGCGAAUAUCAAACAUGAUUCCCGCCAGAAAAUGGGUAUGGCUGGCUUUAUUAAAGUGGAGGAUAGAGAACAACAACUUAUCGAGAAGGAGCGAUCAGUGUUAAUAGAAGCGACUGUUGUAUUCCAUAUGGUUAUGAGAUUAAUGGAGGAGAUUUCACUUCUUAUUGAUGCUGUUGCUCAAAUUGAUGAGCCCUUUCUACUGGCUAUAGUGGGUGAGUUUAAUUCUGGUAAAUCCACUGUCAUUAAUGCUCUUCUUGGGGAAAGAUACCUCAAAGAGGGGGUUGUUCCUACGACUAAUGAAAUCACUUUCUUGCGCUAUACUGAAUUGGAUGGCAAGGACCUGCAGCGUUGUGAAAGGCACCCAGAUGGUCAAUUAAUACGUUAUCUUCCUGCUCCGAUUCUCAAGGAAAUGAAUAUUGUUGAUACACCAGGGACAAAUGUUAUUCUUCAAAGGCAACAAUGCCUGACAGAGGAAUUUGUGCCUCCUGCCAAUUUGCUGUUUUUUGUUAUUUCUGCUGAUCGCCCAUUAACUGAGAGUGAGGUUGCUUUUCUUCGUUAUGCUCAGCAGUGGAAGAAGAAAGUUGUGUUUGUGUUGAACAAAGCUGAUCUUUAUCAGAAUGCCCAAGAGCUAGAGGAGGCAAUAUUAUUCAUCAAAGAGAAUACUCAAAAGUUGCUAAACACGGAAGAUGUGACAUUAUAUCCGGUGUCUGCACGAUCUGUUCUUGAAGAAAAGCUUUCAGCUACUUCUGGUGUGGGAAAAGAAUAUAGAGAACUAUCAGGAUUUGGUUCAAAUUGGAAAACCAGUAGCUUUUACAAGCUUGAAAACUUCUUGUAUAGUUUUUUAGAUGGAUCAACUAGUACAGGAAUGGAGAGAAUGAAGCUCAAACUUGGAACACCAAUUGCAAUUGCAGAGCGAAUACCUUCUUCCUGUGAAACUCUUAAUAGAAAAGACUGCCAGUCUGCAGAGCAGGACUUGACUUCUGCAAAUGAAAUUGUUGAUAGCGUGAAAGAGUAUGUAACAAAGAUGGGAAAUGAAAGCAUCUCUUGGAGAAGACGAACUUUGUCAAUGAUUGAUGCUACAAAAUUAUGUAUUCUGGAGCUCAUAGAAUCUACCCUACAGUUAUCAAAUCUUGAUAUUGUUGCCUCAUAUAUUCUCAAGGGGGGAUCGUCAGCCACAAUGCCAGCCACUUCAAGGGUUCAAAAUGACAUACUUGGUCCUGCACUCAUUGAUGCACAAAACUUGCUUGGAGAUUAUGUGACAUGGUUACAAUCAAAUAAUGCUUGUGAAGGAAGGCUUUAUAAGGAAUCUUUUGAGAAAAGAUGGCCAUCCCUUGCCUACUCAGACAAACAGUAUCCUCUAGAGACCUAUGAACUGUUGAGAAAGUUGGAUCAACUCAGCUUGAGAGUGAUAGAGAAAUUCAGUGCCAGUGCUGCUUCCAAACUAUAUGAACGCAAAGUUCGCGAAGCGUUCAUGGGGACUUUUGGCGGACUUGGAGCGGCUGGUUUGUCUGCUUCACUUCUAAUGUUUAUAUUACCUACCACUUUAGAAGAUUUUCUUGCACUAGGCCUAUGUUCUGCUGGGGGGUUUAUAGCCAUUUCAACUUUCCCAGGCCGUAGACAAGAAAUGAUAGAAAAGGUGAAAAAGACAGCUGAUGCAUUAGGACGAGAGCUUGAAGAUGCAAUGCAAAAGGAUCUUCAAGAAACUACUGAGAAUUUGGAAAAGUUUGUGACAAUAAUUGGGGAGCCUUAUCGAGAUGCGGCACGAAAUAGAUUGGACAAACUUCUAGAGAUAAAAGAUGAACUAUCAAAUGUGAGGGAAACGCUUCAAACGCUACAAGUCGAAAUUCAGAACCUCCAUGUGUUAUGACAUCCGAUUUCAUGGGUAGAUUUGUUCCGGGCAUUCUUCUUUCCUUUUGUAAAGGAGGCGAGGGGUCCCCUUAGUUCUUGGGGUCAAGUGUAUUAAUGAACAAGAAAUUUUCAAUAAAUUUCCAACAUCAUGAACUGGCCAGCCAGCAGGUGUUAAUUGUAUGCGGCUGCAGACGUAGCUUGAAAGUAGAGAAGGCAAUUUAACUUGAAUCUGACAGAUUUUUAUUUGAUCUUUUAGAGUCAAAUUUUUUUUUUUAAAUCGUAUA